AUGGAUUCUUCACUGUAUGAGAUCUGGCAAACUGCACCUGGCAGUCCAUUUCUUCCUACAGUUGGAAAGGGUAGUCAAUUUCUAGUCGGAUUUGUUCUCCUCCUCAUCGGUCUUUCUCUGACUGGCGCGUUUGCAUUGAACCGGUCUCUCGCCAGCCUUCCUCUGUACGGAGUCCCGGCCUCGUUAGCCGUUGCGUACCUGCCGCUGUUCCGAGCAGUAGCCAGCUCUACGAGGCAGAUAUAUCAACUACUAAAAUGUAUCAGCUUUACGGUCAAGGUACAGGUGGAAAUAACGCCAGACGGAAUUCGAUUUGCUGCAGACCAUUCGCGUGUGAUGCAAGGCGUAGCGUUCCUAGACAAGGCUCUUUUCACAUCUUAUACAUUAAACGCGCCAGAUGAAGACAAUCCACCAAAAUUUCAGAUGAACUUGGCUGCUUUUUUAGAGGCCUUGCAGAUAUUUGGGGCUAUGGACGUAGCAGCCCGAGCGGCCAAGGCGGAUUCGGAAGCUUAUCGUAGUAACCUGCGUAACUACCGACCGGACGCCUUCAGCCAUCAGACUCUAGGAAUGCCUGGGACAUGUUGCAUCAUGUACGAAGAAGAUGGGUCUCCGCUGAGCAUCGUCUUGGAGGAGACCGGGGUGAAGACUCGGUGCAAUAUGAUCACCUAUACCCCUGAAUCACAUAACGAUAUCCCUUUUGACCGAGAUGACUUAUCUUUUAAAGUUAUCAUGCAAGCUCGCUGGCUGCUCGACGCUCUUUCUGAGUUAGCGCCGAUGGCUCCGGUUCGCGUUACCAUUGCCGCCUCGCCAAAUGCCCCCUAUCUGAGCCUAUCAAGCGGCGGAGCUCUCGGCAGCGCCAGUGUGGACUUCUCCAGCGGUCGGGACCUCCUCGAGACAUUUUCCGUGCACGACCGUUGGGUCCAAAGUUUCAAAUUCGACUUUAUCAAGUCGGCAAGCGAGGCUAUGCGCAUAGCGAAUAAGGUCAGUUUCCGCGGGGAUGGCCAAGGCGUCCUCAGCUUGCAGUUUAUGGUCGAAGUUGAAGGUGGUGCCGUCAGCUUUCUCGACUUUCGUUUCGUACCUUAUGUCACCCAGGAAGACGAAGAGACGGAGAGUGAAGAUGAGGGUAACUAA